UAGAAUAUGGGAUAGGAUAUCGAUACUGAAAUACCGAACACAAUUUAAUGAACUUGAUUAACUUUAUUAAUACAUAGCAGCCAAGACGAGAGGAUUUAACUAAAAAUAUUUGUUUUUCAAGAAUUAUUUUGCAGAGGAAAAACGAUGCAGUAUGGAAAAAAGAAGGAUAGAGGCCGAAAAGCUACCUAUUGAUGAAAUUAUUGAAGUUGUUUUCAAGGAGCUAACUGAAAAAGAAAAAGAAAUCGCCUCACAAUUUCCUUUAUCUCAAAAAGACCUUAAAAUUUUGUGUUGUACAAAGAAAUUAGCUGUUGUAGGAAGUUGGGCUAAUUUAUUAAAAGGAAUUGAGAAAAGGAUUCUGUCAAGAGAACCAGAGUUAAAAGAUUCAAAAAAGCUACAAAUAAAAGUAUAUAAAUGGUAUAAGAAUCAUCCGAGGCCCAGUAAGAAGUAUUUUGAAAAAACAUGGCAAUCUCUUAAAGAAGAUAAAGAAAACCAUUGGAGAGAAACUAAAAUAAACAAUCUUAUAAGUUUAGGAAUUCAUCCAAGUUUUUUGGCAUCAUCAUUUGAAAAAUAUGGAAGCUUCGAUAAUGCUAUUAAAAUUGUAAAAGCCCUUGACUCUAAAUAUGAAUCAAGUAAUUCUAAUAAUUCAAAUUGUAAGUUUACUUACAUUUUGUUAAUUUGA